CCACUGAAAACCCACCACAAGAAGACCACAUUUUGGAAACCAAAAAUUUAUCCAAAACAAUGUCGAGCUUCACUCACGCCACUACACUACUUCAUGCCCACAUCAAAACCAAACACAGAAACCCUUCCAAAUCCAACAACCCUUUGCCCCUUAAUCAAUCACCAUUCUCUGCAUCACAAAAUGUGACCAAUAGAAGGAAACUGAUUUCAACAUUUCUAGCCACAUCAACAGCCAUUUUGGGUGUGCAUGGCAACACUAUCCCACUGGCACUAGCCCAAAAUUGGGGCACUCGUUCCUUCAUCAAGGAACAUUUUUUUGAGCCUGGCCUUUCCCCUGAAGAUGCUGUGGCUAGGAUAAAGCAAACCGCUGAGGGUCUUCAUAGUCUUCGGGAGAUGUUGGAAACCAUGUCUUGGAGGUAUGUCAUGUUUUACAUACGAAUCAAACAGGCCUAUCUUGACCAAGAUUUGAGAACCGCUUUCUCCACUUUGCCUCAAAAUCGCCGCAAGGAGUAUGUCAAAACUGCUAAUGAGUUAGUCUCCAACAUGGGUGAGUUUGAUCGGUAUAUUCGGUCACCAAAGGUGUAUGAAUCGUACCUAUACUACGAGAAGACAUUGAAGUCAAUAGAUGAGCUUGUGGCUAUAUUAGCAUAGCAGAAGGAGGAAGCAAGCUGCACGGGCAAUCAGGAGAAUUCGACUUUUCACUGCUCUGCUCCUCACUAUGUGGAAAACAGACAGGACAAGUGAAAGCACGAGAUAACCACAAACAACAGAGUUAACUGUCACAAAAAACCUGCAUUUGCAUGCUCAAACACAUCCAUUGUAUUAGUCACUCUCAAGCCAAUCAUAUGAUUCAGAUACCCAAAAGACAUUCUAGAAGAAAACACCACUUACACAAAUGUGGGAAUGUCAUCAAAUUCAGCUCUGAAUCUUAUAAAUUGUGUGGCAAAUGGAAGGGUCUCAUUAGUUGUUCCCAUGGCCAAAGCACUACCUAUUGUUGCAAUAGCUCCUAUGAUUCUCAAAAUAAAGUCCAUUAUAGACAACCCUCUUGUCACCCCUCUUUUAGGGUGUGCAACUUUGGAAACUUCACCAGAUUCAAUCAAACCUCCCUUCAUUAUGUUUCCAACUUAAUUUCUCCAACACAUAGGCUUAAAAGCUCUUCUAGGAUGUUAUUAUGAUUGUGCUUCUUAACUACAUGUCUAUAUGUUAAACAUGCAUUUAUAUAGUUGUACAAUAGUAUAUCACCUUAUGAUUUUCAGAACGAAUUAGGUUUGACAAUCACAAAGUGGCUUUAUUAUUAUUGUUAUUUUGUUAUAAAGCAAGCCACAUGUAACUCAGUAAAUGAUUUUGCUUACGUGGAGUGGAAUGAAGCUAUCCACUAUGCACC